AGCUUGAAGCUUUCCCUACAUCGUUUCCUUCUGCUCACCGUCGUUCUCCUCUUGCAACUCAGCGAAAGCGAAGCAUGGGUUCCGCCGCUCUGGAUCAGAAACUGGCCAUGGCCAAGCGCUGUUCCCAUGAGGGAGCCAUGGCGGGAGCAAAGGCGGCCGUCGUCGCAAGUGUUGCAGCUGCCAUCCCGACGUUGGCUAGCGUUAGGAUGCUGCCAUGGGCGAGGUCCAACCUCAAUCCUACUGCUCAAGCCCUCAUCAUCUCCACAGCCGCGGGAGCGGCCUACUUCAUAGUCGCCGACAAGACGGUGCUGGCAUCGGCCAGGAAGAACUCCUUCAAGAACAGUUACCAAGGCAACUCUGACUGACGUGCCUAGGAAGUAAAAGCUCUAUAAUGUAUGCGACUACUGUCGCAUGUAUAAUGGGUGGGACGUCGCCUAAGCUCCGUUGUUCCAAUUUUGUUCAGCAAGAAUUCGAAUCAAAUAAGAAACACAGCCAGUCUCGUCUUCAAAUUGAGUCCAA